AUGACGUCAUCAUAUGGGGCGUGGUCUAGCGCGUGCCUCUCAGGGGGCGUGGUUGUCGCUCGCCGGGUGGGCGUGGUCUCAGUGGGUGACGUCACCGCGUGGGCGCGUCUACCGUGCGUGACGCUCCCGCCAGUGCCCAACAUGGCGGCGGGCGGCGGCGGCGGCGGGAGCGCCGGCGGCUGUGGGGGGACCCCGCUAUCCCCGGGCCCGUUGCUGCCGCCGCUGCUGCUGCUGCUGGCGCUGCCCGGCGGCGCCGUGCCCGCGGCCGACACCGUGGUGCUGGGGCUGCGCCUGGAGGAGAGCACGAAGCCCGCAGCGGCGGCGGCGGCGGCGGAGGGGGCGGCCCGCGGGCCCAUCCGCCUCACGGAGGGCAGCGAGGCGCUGCUGCGGCUCUACGGGCUGGGGCUGGGCCCGCGGGCCGCCGAGCGCGUGGCCUUCGCCGAGCUGCGGCCGGGCGGCAACGCCUCGAGCGGCAACGCCACGUGCCAGGAGCGCUCGCAGGACCUGGUGGUGCGGCCGGGCCCCGCCGAGCCCCGCGACACCUCGGCGCUGCUGCGGGUGUGGGUGCAGCCGCUGCGCAAGGACGAGCGCUACAAAACCUACGUGCUGUGCUCGCAGCGCCGGCCCGGCGAGCCCUGGCUGCCGCACCAAGGGCCGGACGGGCACGUGGUGGUGCUGGAGGAGAAGAAGUCGCUGCUGCCGCUGUGGCUGCAGGUGAUCCUGAUCGCGGGGCUGCUGGUGCUGUCGGGGAUGUUCAGCGGGCUCAACCUGGGGUUGAUGGCGCUGGACCCCAUGGAGCUGCGCAUCGUGCAGAACUGCGGCACCGACAAGGAGAAGCGCUACGCCCGCAGGAUCGAGCCCAUCCGCAGGAAAGGGAACUACCUGCUCUGCUCGCUGCUGCUGGGCAACGUGCUGGUCAACACCACGCUCACCAUCCUGCUGGACGACCUCAUCGGCUCCGGCAUCGGCGCCGUGGUGGCCUCCACCAUCGGCAUCGUCAUCUUCGGGGAGAUCGUGCCACAAGCGCUCUGCUCGCGCCACGGGCUGGCCGUGGGCGCCAACACCAUCGUGGUCACCAAGUUCUUCAUGCUGGUGACGUUCCCGCUGUCCUACCCCAUCAGCAAGCUCCUGGACUGCAUCCUGGGCCAGGAGAUCGGCACCGUCUACAACCGGGAGAAGCUGGUGGAGAUGCUGAAGGUGACAGAGCCCUACAACGACCUGGUGAGGGAGGAGCUCAACAUGAUCCAGGGAGCGCUGGAGCUGCGCACCAAGACGGUGGAGGACGUGAUGACCCCGCUGCAGAACUGCUUCAUGAUCAACAGCGACGCCAUCCUGGACUUCAACACCAUGUCUGAGAUCAUGGAGAGCGGCUACACCCGCAUCCCGGUCUACGAGGACGAGAGGUCCAACAUCAUGGACAUCCUCUACGUCAAGGACCUGGCCUUCGUGGACCCCGACGACUGCACGCCCCUCAAAACCAUCACCAAGUUCUACAACCACCCCGUGCACGUCGUCUUCCACGACACCAAGCUGGAUGCCAUGCUGGAGGAGUUCAAAAAGGGGAAGUCCCACCUGGCCAUCGUGCAGAAGGUGAACAACGAGGGCGAGGGUGACCCCUUCUACGAGGUGCUGGGGCUGGUGACACUCGAGGACGUCAUCGAGGAGAUCAUCAAGUCCGAGAUCCUGGACGAGUCCGACACCUACAUUGACAACCGCAGCAGGAAGAGGGUGUGCAACCAGAAGAACCGGCGCGACUUCUCGGCCUUCAAGGACCCCGACAACGAGCUCAAGGUCAAGGUGUCCCCUCAGCUCCUGCUGGCCGCCCACCGCUUCCUGUCCACCGAGGUGACACUCUUCACCCCCAACUUCAUCUCGGAGAAGAUCCUGCUGCGGCUCCUCAAGUACUCGGACGUCAUCCAGGAGCUGAAGUUCGAUGAGGAGAACAAGAAAUCCCCGCGGCACUUCCUGUACUGCAAGAACAAACCGGCCGAUUAUUUCAUCCUCAUCCUGCAGGGCAAGGUGGAGGUGGAGGCUGGCAAGGAGUGCAUGAAGUUCGAGGCGGGAGCGUUCUCCUACUACGGGGUGAUGGCGCUGAGCCCCCCUCCUGGAUCUGAGGUGCGCUCUCCGUCCCACGUGAGCGGGCUGAACCGCUCGGCCUCGCUGAGCUACCACGAGCGCUCGGACUCGUGCUCGUCGCCGGUGAGCGGCAGCAACAACCAGCUGAGCUCGGGCGGCGCCCAGUACGUGGCCGACUUCAGCGUGCGCGCCCUCACCGACCUGCAGUUCGUCAAGAUCACGCGCCAGGAGUACCAGAACGGGCUGCUGGCCUCACGCAUGGACAGUUGUCCCCAGUCCCCCGACAGCAACGCCCCCAAACCGGACCCGGGCAUCCCGGAGAAACCGGAGCCGCCGGCGCCGGCCGACGAAACCACGAGUUUGCUCAAUGAGAGGAACUGCCUGAGCCGCCGGAGCAACCACAGUGGGCUGGAGAAUUCCAUCUGACCCCGGCCC